CCCUGCUGCUAUCUAUAGCCAGUGCUAUUCUUAUAGCUGCGAACAGCAACGCAAACAGUAGAUGCCCAGUGGAGUGAAUCUGCAUUAGUCAGAGCAGACAGUUUCUCAGGUUUCUCAGUUAUCUGACCGAAAGAGCACAAUGUAAACUGAUUUUAUCUCCUGGUUUCGUACUCUGAUAAAUUCUAGUGGUAUGUCAUUUUACUUUCCAAUAAUUGAGAUGAAAAAAUAAUGCUUGAUGGGGCAGAGCAGGUGUUCGGAGGGCGAAUCGGAGGAGCCUGAUCGCAAACCAGGGCUGGAUCCAGAGAUGGAAAACCAGAAAGUGAGAGUGGGGGAGAGUGUUUUCUCGGUCGACAGGGCUCUGCUGACAAGGAACUGUGAGUACUUCCGAGCUCUUUUCCAAUCGGGAAUGAGAGAAUGCCAACAGGAGGAAAUUCAUGUAAAGGGCCUGCGUGCCCGUGGGUUCCUGGUCACCCUCAGCGUCCUCAAUGGUGAGCGACCCAUUCUGAAUGGUGAAGAAAUCAUUGAGGCCAUAGAAUGCGCUGCAUUUCUUCAGGUGGAUGCUCUUACAAAGCAUCUUAUAAAUAUAAUUCAUUCUGAUAACUGCUUGCUCAUGUACCACACAGCGGCCACCUAUGGCCUGUGGGAGCUUUACCACAGUGCUGCUCUGUUCAUCCGAGACAUGUACCGUGAUCUGGAAGAAGAUGCAAGAUGUUUGCCUGAUGAACUAUUACAGUAUGUGGAAUCUCUGGUCCCCAGUACGUAUGUGACAGUUGGAACACACUCUCCAACUAUCAAAUUGUUACAAGACUUCCAAAGGACGGUUUGUUACUUGGAUGAAGAUGAGAAGGAGUGGAAAGUUUUGACUGAUUUACCGGUUGAUGCUAGCACGACCAUGGCUGGGGUGACGGUCCUUAACAACAAAUUAUACAUUGUUGGAGGUGUCCGUGAUGUGACCAAUCAAGUGGUGGAACCCUGCUUCUGCUACGACCCUGUGAUUGACACCUGGAGCACUUUUGUGAGCCCCCAGCAGCUACGAUAUAACUUUACAUUGGUGGGACAUGAGGAUUACCUUUAUGCCAUUGGUGGAGAAUACGAGAGAACCACCAUGUCAUCGGUGGAAAGGUACAAACUCUCGACUUGCACCUGGUCCUUUGUGUCUCAUCUACCUCGGCCAGCGGCCGGUGCGGCAUGCACCAAGGCCAUGAGCAGGAUAUUUGUGUGUCUGUGGAGGCCAAUGGACACCACGGAUAUUUACGAGUAUGUUCCUUCUGAAGACAGAUGGGUGCACAUCACGGCAUUGAUACGCCAGCACAGCUACGGUCACUGCAUGGUGGCACAUAGGGACAACCUAUACGUAAUGCGAAACGGACCCUGCGACGACUUCCUGAGAUGCAUGAUGGACUGCUACAACCUCACCACGGGGCAGUGGACAGCCAUGCCCGGCCUGUAUGAAAACAGCGAAGGUGCUCUCUUUACUGCUGUCGUGAGAGGCGACUCUGUGUUCACCGUUAAACGCAAGAUGACGCUGGAGUAUACAAUUGAGGACAAGAAAAAAUGGAAACCAAAGAAAGAGAUGAAUGGCUUUCCCAGAAUUGGCUCCAUGUGGACAUUUUUACUGAGGCUGCCGAAGAUGGGCAAACUGCCACGGGGUCAAGGAGUCCUGAAUGGGUAUGAGCAGAAUUUAGAGAACAAUGUGUAUCACCAAAAAUCACCCCCUUCACAAUGUACUGAUUGAUAUUGGAAAUAAUUGAUAUCAUGACUUCAUAAGAUGGUAUAAAUAUUAAACAAAAGGAAAAAAUUUUUUGCUGUCUAGAUCCUUUGCAUCAGAUGAGCUUUGAUUGUUUGUGUCACGCCACUGAAAAUUGCUGGUCAUAAAUUAGUGACAGAGCCAAAGCUGAGACUUGAAUCCUGCAACAAAUUCGAAGUCCUCAAGUUUUGCCCCUUUAAAUGAGUGAGGUCCCACAAUAACAUUACAUCUGUAUCAGACUGCUUGAGAACACUCAUGUUUCCGCUUAUUUACUUUAUUCAUAUUCGGAUAGCACUGCAAUCACUUCCCAGAACACUUUAGAAUGAAUCCAUACAAGGCCUUUUUCCUAAAAACUACCAUACCCAUGAUCCAUUAAUGACAGGAAUUUUAGAUUACAUCUUGCUUUUCGGGAACUGUCCCCUGGGAGUUCAAGGGUAUGCUAAAUAAACAAUAAACGUUUUUUCCACUGUUGUUAGAUAAAACUGGUAGAUUGUGCAAGAAAAUGUAUGCAGUGGACAUUUUUUUAUUGUCAUCAAAGAAAUUACAUCCGUGCAGCCUUGUUCCAAGAAAAACAAAUAAAUAAAUAAAUAAAAUGAAGGGCUCUGAUACCUAGUGUUAUUAUUCUUUUCAGAGCCAGAUGACUUGCCAGUAGUCAAGAUUUAAUGUACAGUGUUCUGGAGGUGUGAAAUUGUGAAGGGUUUUAACACACUUGUUUUUUAACCAGCCGCAUUGAAAAUUAAAACAUUCCUAUGCAAUAUUAAAGCUCCAUUUUUCUUAACACUGCGCAUAAUA